CAGAAGAGAAAGAUUAUGUUAGAAACAGCCCGGACGGCGAGUAAUAAAAGUAGCCCACCUUCAGUUUCAUAGCGAGUUUUUAUGUUACGAGUCCGCAUUUGAAGACAGCCUUUAUCUGAAGAGGACAUAGCAACGCCUUUCUCUGGGAAGAUGUGAAUAUGACUUGUACGGAGAAAGUAUAUGUUAUAAACUGUGCUUUUAGUUAGCUCGCUGCUAGCCAGAUCCCGAAGAAACCUGCAAUGACUGUCAACGCUUUCUAUGGAUACACAUCUAUUAAAGAGGGAUUUUAGGGAGCUGCCAAGCACAGGUUCAUCUACGAAGAAUUUCAGUCCUCCUACCAGCUGUCAUGGACAACGUGAAAUCACGCAGCAAUGAUGAGGAUGAAGAGCUGCAGUCCACAGAUCCAGAGAGUAAAGAGAAGAGCAAAGAUAAAAAGACACUGUGCAAAGUAAAGUGGUCACGAGAUGAGGAUGAAAAGCUGAAAAAGCUUGUUGAGCAGCACGGAACAGACUCCUGGAAAUUAAUAGCUACCCUUUUUCCAGGGAGGACAGAUGGCCAGUGUCAGCACCGGUGGCAGAAGGUGCUCAAUCCAGAGCUAGUGAAAGGACCAUGGACAAAGGAGGAGGAUCAAAAGGUUAUUGACCUCGUACAUAAAUAUGGUCCCAAGCGCUGGUCAGUGAUUGCGAAGCACCUCCAGGGAAGAAUCGGAAAGCAGUGCCGUGAACGCUGGCACAACCACCUCAACCCAGAAGUUAAGAAGUCUUCAUGGACUCAGGAAGAGGAUCGAAUCAUCUAUGAAGCCCACAAACGCCUUGGCAACCGCUGGGCUGAGAUCUCUAAGCUUCUUCCUGGACGAACGGACAACUCCAUCAAGAACCACUGGAAUUCCACCAUGAAGAGAAAAGUGGAGCAUGAGGGGUACCUGCAAGAUGGCUGCAAGACUUCCUCUGCUAAUGGGAAGAGACGCCACAACAGGCAGUGUCCUGCAACUCCAACAGAGCCCCAGCACUGUGACCGCAGCCCUGUGGUUAUGACAGCAUCAAACCAGACGGGUGGUUUUCCAUUUGAGCCUCAUGGUGGGCACAUGAUGGACAGUCUUCCUGAAAAUUCAAGCUUCAUAUCACCAUCCUGCCUGGAUGAUCCUGACAGAGAGCAAAGAAUUAAGGAGCUUGAACUGCUGCUUAUGUCAGCAGAGAGUGAAGUCCACCAACAAGUGCAGUGCAGAGGUUCAUGUAGUUUGGAGCAGUACCCAGCAUGGCCAGACAGUGUGUCAGAUGACACGUUAACCACGAGUAGCAGUAGCCUGGAAGAACAAGCAGAGAGAAGACCCUGGAAGGGCCCUGAGAUCCCGCAGGGAGCUCCAGCACCGCUUCCUGUCUCGCCCAGCAAAUUCCUGGCUGUAGAGGCCAGCACAGUGCUGUCCACCCUGCAGACCAUACCAGAAUUUGCAGAGACCAUGGAGCUUAUUGAUUCAAUGUGUUUUGUUCUGCAGGAUCCUGUUGCAUGGAACGAAGUGGCCAGUUUUGAUUUGUCAGAGACGGCGACGCCGUCCAGGCACAACCAGGCAGCCUAUAGCACUAUCUUGCAAGAGAGCACCAUGUACAAUUCAGUGAAUUACCCAGUCAACGCUGCCACUACCGACUUAGGCCAAGACAGGAACUGUGCUCCAUUUGGUGUGGGAGAUCUUACAUCCCUGACUCCCAUUAACUCAUCCAAACCCACCCAGGCUUCCACUGGGAGGAAGAGGAGAAGAGAGAGGGGGGAACCAUCUCCUUUGUGUGACAAGACUUGCUCUUCCUUCUUGGAAAAUAUUUCAAAUUCUCCCAAGAAAACACCUAUAAAGACACUGCCAUUUACCCCGUCACGAUUCUGCAACAUAUCAGUGCCAGAGCAUCUCAAUCUGGAAAACCCUGCCCUCACCUCAACUCCUGUGUGCGGUCAGAGGUGUCUGCUCAACACACCCCUUCAAAAAGAUACCACACCUAAACACCAGAAAGAGAAUGAUGGUUCCAGGACUCCUAAAUUCUGCAAAACAGUCAUGACUCCAACUCCGAGGACACCCACUCCUUUCAAAAAUGCUUUGGCUGCCCAGGAGAAAAUGCACGGGCCACUAAAGAGAGAGCCACAGCCUUUGGCCUUUCUCGAAGAAGACAUUCGAGAAGUUCUAAAGCAAGAGACCGGAACAGACAUCUUCAACAGAGCAGACUUACAGCCAGAUUACAGAGUGUGGAAACAUAACAUGGAUGGCCCAGCUAGAAAAGUGCGCAAGUCUCUUGUCCUGGACCCUUGGGGCAAAGAAAGCAUUAAUACUGAACUUUUCCAAGACCAGCUCGACGAUGCACAGGUGUCAGAUGAAGGUCUACUGACAAGCUCUUCAUUGGUUUCUCCGAUCUCCGAGAGAGACGAGUGUGGCCAUUCUGUGACUUCCGGGAAAGAUGAGCUCUCAUUAGGAGUCGCCGUUCAUACUCAACACUUUACUAGCCCUCGGACGAAGAAGCUUCCGACUUCUAACAAAGCAACAAAACACAACACUGCACAGGUGAGUGAGUGGGAAGCAGUGGUUUAUGGAAAGACGCAGGACCAACUGAUCAUGACAGAACAGGCUCGUCAGUACCUGAAUCCCUACCCACCGUCCACCUCUGUCUCAAGGGCGCUUGUGCUUUAAAGCCGUCCCCUCGACUACGCAGGCAGCACUACAUCUGUCCGACAACUAAAACCUCCACUGAAUCUUGUAAGAGACAAUCCAGUGAAGACAAAUUGUUUUAUUUUUCUUCUGAAGCAGAAGUGCACUGCCAGUGACGUCCAU